AUGAAGGUAGUGCUACAAUCAUCACAAGAAGGGGAAAUACAAGAAAAUACUGACACCGAAGAACGUGAAGAACUGAAACAAUUGAAGAAUACAGAACAAGUUUCAAAAGAAAAAGAUGAAGAAUCGGAUCCAGGAUCAAAAUCUGAUAACCAAGAUGGAAUGGUAUUUUUAUUGCAAGCUCCCUCUAAGUUUCGCGAAAAGGUGCCGUUGAAAUUCAAUGAUAAUGAUAAAAGGACUCAUUGGAGCAGGUUGUUAUCGGCAAUAGCCGCAGGUGAUUACUCAGAGAGAAGUGGCAGGAACCCACGUAUCUACCAGUCUGACGAAUAUCCUAAUUUCAGUAGAAGAUUCGUACCGCAAUAUCAUUACUCUGAAAGACCUGAAAACGUUAUAGUUGCACCCGAUCAGAAGGAGAUUAUACCAAUACAGGCACCUUUGGAAAUAGUGAAGCAAGUAGCUCAGCAGUCUGUGUUGGAGGAAGCGGCAAAACCAAAAGAUGACGUAGUAGUCAGUAAGGCAUUAAGAACUGGGGACUAUUGGAACGCUGUCUGGGUAGAAGACGUGGAUCCGAAAUCCUCAUUAAGGAUGUCAAAUCAGCAUAUCCUGGGUACAAUAAAAGCCAAAAUCAGACCUGGUAGCCAGUUUUAUGAUCUCGUUUCUAGUAUGACGAAAAUUUCUCCGAGGCUACUUUAUAUCAUAAAUGAUAAGCAAACAUGA